AUGAGAACCGCCACGUCCGGUCUCGUUGACUCCAAGCUCUUGGAUAAGAUUGACAAGCUUUUCGUCUGUGGAGUAGGUGCAGAAGUCGAGCUCCCCCAACUGGUUGUAGUUGGGAAUCAAUCAAGUGGGAAAAGCUCAGUCCUAGAAGCUCUCACCGGUAUCCCCUUCCCUCGAGAUGAUGGUCUGUGUACACGGUUCGCUACCCGAAUCACAUUCCGACGGGCUUUGGAGACCAGAUACCAGGCCAAGAUUGUGCCGGACAAACUCAGCUCGAAGGAACAUCAAGACAAGUGUCAGCAAUGGGGUCAAGAGCUGGAGAGUUUUGACCUGUUUCAAAUAGCUGAUCUCAUGAAGAAGGUCAGAACAGUCAUGGGCGUCAGUGAUAAAACGUCUGAUUCCACUUAUCCGGCUGGUAGCGCAUUCUCCAAUGAUGUAUUGUCGCUCGAGAUCACUGGUCCCGGCGAAGAACACUUCAGUAUCGUUGAUGUUCCCGGUACAUUUAAAGUGGAAGCCGAAGGCGUGACGACGAAAGAGGAUAUCAAGCUUGUUGACGACAUGGUCAAACGAUACAUGACGAAUUCAAGAUCGAUCAUGCUCACUGUCGUCAAUUGCAAUGACGAUAUCUCAAGCCACGAUAUCAUUCAAAAAGCUCGAGAUAUCGACCCUCACGGCGAACGGACUCUUGGAAUCCUUACCAAACCUGAUUUGGCGGAUGAGGGUGCGGAGCAGAAAAUCAUCGAUAUCCUCGAUGGGAAACAGCAUAGGCUCUUCCAUGGCUGGCAUAUCUUACGGAAUCGAGGGCAAAAGGACUUGAGAGAUGCUACUUCCCUCUCGGAUCGACACGCCACGGAAAGAAAAUUCUUCACCGACAAGGAUCCUUGGAAUAAACUCGACAAGUCGCUCGUCGGCAUCGAUGCUUUGAAUCACAGGCUCCAUGCGGUUCUCGCCACUCAACUCAACAAGGAGUUUCCAAAUGUCAAAAAGGAGAUCAAGGACAAGCUCGCAAAGGCCCAGAAAGAAUGGGUCACCCUCGGAGUCAGGCGACAAACUCAAGCGGAACAGAAUCAAUUCUUGGUUGGAAUCGCCGAAAAGUAUCGCUCCUUGGCGGACUCUGCUGUUCGAGGCGAUUACUCUCGUCAGCUCCUGAAGGAAAAUGAGACUCUGAAACUGGCUAGAGCCAUUCGUCAGCGCAGCGACAGAUUUGCUCGGGAUGUGGAGAUUUUCGGACAUCAGUUCGACAUGCGGUCCCAAGCGAGUAAGAGCCCGGGGAAAGCGAAUGGAACCAAAGUUUCAUCUUCCACCGAGAAUGAGGAUGGUCCUGACGAAGAAAGCCAGAGUAGUGAUGACGACGACGAAGAAAGCGAGGAAGAGAACAUCAAAAGCGAGGAAGCCGAAUUUAAGGCUCACCUACCUGCUGCGAAAACAAUCGGCUGUCGUAUGGAACAGACGCCAGACGACUUGCUCAUCAUUCUUCCCGAUGAUGUGACACUUGAGCGACCAAGCUUCAAGCGUAAAUGGCUCAAGGAGAUGUAUUUCCGAUCUCAAGGCACCGAGCUCAUCGCCAUCCCUCCCGGACUUCUUGGAUCUCUUAUGGCAGAACAAGCUAAAAGAUGGACAUCCUUGGCCCAGGGCUACACGGCGGAUAUCAUCUGUCUCAUUCACAAGUUCAUCUUUGAAGCUAUCAGUCAGCACGCCACCAAAGAGGUCUAUACGGAGCUGCACUCGGCGUUAAUGGAGGAUCUCGAAGACUCUUACAAGCUUGCACUCAAUCACACGAGCUUUAUUCUCAAGUGUGAACUCCAGCUUGAGCCUGUGACGCAUAAUCACUACUUCAAUGACGAGAUUCAAAAGAAGAGACAACGACGACAGAUGAAGGCAUUGGAGACCAAGAGUUCGCAAAGCUCCGAGGGUAGAAAAUUUCUCUUUCUCGAUCAGCUCGGUACCGUCAAAGAUGGCAGCAACAAUGAUUACACCGUUCGAGAGCUCAAAGACAUACUUCAAGCUUAUUACAAAGUGGCACGAAAACGAUUUGUUGAUGUAGUGCGUCAACAAUCUGUCGAUUGGUUCCUUGUUCGCGGUGACGAGUCUCCUCUCCGAAAAUUCUCUCCAAACUUUGUGCUCAAUCUGUCGCCUGCGGAACUUGAAAGCAUCGCUGGCGAACCUUCGUACAUCAAAGCUUAUCGAGCCGAACUUGAGGAUCUGAUCAAGCGUAUGGAAGAAGGUAUGAGGAUCCUCAGAUGA